AUGUCGGCAGCAAGGCUGAUAUCAGUCGCAGACCUACAUGGUGACUUUCAGCGAGCGGUUCGGAUACUUGCCCAUGCUGGGCUCAUCGACCGAGACAGCCAUGCUUGGAUUGGUGGGGAUUCGGUUCUGGUCCAGACCGGCGACAUAGUCGAUCGGGGAGGCAACGCCAAGCAGAUCUACGAACUCUUCUUCAGCCUUCGCGAGCAGGCGCUUCAGGCCGGCGGCAAAGUCAUCAACUUAUUGGGAAACCACGAGGUCAUGAACUUAAAGCAUGACUGGAGGUAUGUUUCUGAGGAAGACAUCGCAGGGUUUGGAGGUGAAGAGCAGCGCGAGCAAGCAUGGUCCCCGACCGGAUGGCUAGGUUCAGAGGUGCGCAAGUUUCCGGUGGCUGUUAUCGUUGAAAAAAUACUGUUCGUGCACGCCGGCCUAAUGCCGAACAUUAUUGCACAUCGCAGCUUGGACAGCUUGAACGAUGAAGUACACUUGGAGAUAGCUGGGAGCUCGAGUGAGUGGUCCAGCCUGCGAUCUGAGCUUCUUGGCCCUCGCGGUCCUGUUUGGGCGAGAGACUAUGCCCGCGGCGGAGCUGCGGCUUGCUCCAAGCUGAAAGAUGUGUUGUCCAGACUGGGGGCACGCAGGAUGGUAGUAGGCCAUACGAUACAACAAGACUUCCGUGCCCAUACCCGCUGCGAUGGUCAAAUCAUUCUGGCAGAUACUGCGAUAUCCCGAAUUUAUGGGGGCGCGAUGUCCUAUCUGGAGCACGAGGAAGGUGGUGCUACGGUCGUGUAUCCUGCUACUGACGAGAGGUUUAAGCUGCCGCUGUCGGGUGCGGUUGAAGCGCAGGCCGCGUGGAACUCGAUUUCGGAGCCUGUCCAGGACCAAGAGCAGGUUCCCAGGCUGCCAGCAGCCUUGGGAUGGAGACAAGACCUGGCAGUUAUCGGAAUUCUGAUUCUCGUUGUCUCACUUGGUGCUUGGAGAUGCCGCUCGAGCGAGAAGCCGGAGAAGCAUGCCACUUGA